CGCUCAAGGCCUCAAUUCAGUCUCAUUAAACUCUUAGUGCAGAAGAAAGUACCGCCCGCAGUUCAAUCACACCUCUCUCUCUCUCUCUCUCUCUCUCUCUCUCUCUCAAACAAGCAAGCAAGCAUGGGUGGUGAUGCGAUCAUCCCUCCUACUUCUACUUCUGGGGAAGAUUCGUCCUCGCUAGAGCAAGACUUCUCACAAGUGCCAUCACAAGCCCCUACUUUUCUUAGGGAUAAUAUAAGCAUGAAAGUUGAGGAUGGAACUGACAACGCAGACAGUUUGAUGGUUUUUGAGGAACUUGACGAAGUCUGCAGUCAGUUUUCUCCCGCAUCUUUGGAUUUUGAGGCCAGGAGGAGAAACAGUUGUUAUAGAGAAGUCCUGCAGAAUUAUAAUGAACUGAGGAUUCGUAGCGAGAAUUUGAAAGAGACGAAGAGCAAAAUCUUGAGCUACACACCUGGAGCAUGGAUUGAGAAUGUGGGUGGCUUGCAGUUGGCUGAUUAUGAUGUCCCAAAGACAACGUCACUCAUAUUAAUUGGUCCUAAAGGAUCUGGGAAAAGCAGUCUUGUAAAUAGGAUCUCCAAGGUGUUUGACGAAGAUAAGUUUGCAAUGGAAAGAGCACAAGUAUCAUUUCCAAUCUCUUUGAGUGUUGUGCCAGAUACAUCUGUCGGGGAUGGAACCCACUUCCUUCAGGAAUAUAUGAUUCCAAAAGGCUCCAUGUCGUUUUGUCUUUAUGACACCCGCAGUUUGUCUGAUGAUUCAUCUGAGAACACUGAAAUGCUAAAGCGGUGGAUGACAAAGGGUGUUCUUCAUGGGGAUCCAGUUGUCAGGGAUUCUGAUAGUGCGAGUUUAAGAACCUACAUGAAGGGCAAAGCUCGCUGGAACAUUUUCCUGUCAAGGGAGGUCAGAAUGGUCAACUCUGUCAUAGUUGUUGUUAAUGGAAUUUCUGUUUUGAAAUCAAUGGAUAGUAAUGAUGAGUCAGACCUGAAGUAUACCCAGACAAUUGCUGCAGCAUUUAGCUGCCCAUACUUGUCAUUCAAAGAUGACAAGCCUGUUGUUGUUGUUACCCAUGGUGAUCUACUUUCGCUGUCAGACCGUGCUCGCGUCCGUGUCUAUUUGGGAGAGUUGCUGGGUAUUCCACCUGCAAAACAGAUUUUUGACAUUCCAGAAAGCUCUGAUCCAGUUACUGAUUUGACAAUAAUUGACAUGCUACGCUUUUCCCUUGAGCGCGCUGAUAAGAAUCUUCCUCGUAAGAGCUGGAUAAUGAAUAAGGUUCGGACACCAUCUCCAUCUGCAUGUAUAUUGAUAUUAAUAACCCUGGGGAUUGUCAUCAUCUCAGUUUAUGUGCACCAUGCACAUAUUCACCGUGUCCAUCGAGGAAAGGCUCAUCGAAAAGCUCGCAUAGCUUCUCCUAAACAAGAAAUAAAUUGGCAUUCAAUUCGGCACUUGUGGUUGGGGUAGAAUAUGCUACAAACAAGAAUGCUUCCAUGUCUAUGUAUAUACAUACAUACAUACAUACUUACUUAUACAUAUAUAUACAUGUAUACAUGCACUCGUGCGCACACAUAACACGCAUAUAUAUAUAUGAUGUUGUAUUGGUUUUUAUAUCCUUA